CUCCUUUGUCGCGCUGUGACCUACAGCUGUUGAAGGACCCGAAGGAAGACUUUGGGAGACCCCAAAGGCGGGAAAAUAGAAAUGGACUCAGUGGCCUUUGAGGAUGUGGCUGUCAAGUUUACCCAGAAGGAGUGGGCUUUGCUGGAUUCCUCACAGAAGAAACUCUACCGAGAUGUGAUGUGGGAAACCUUCAGGAACCUGGUUUUUGUAGGGAAGAAAUGGAGAGACCACAACCUUGAAGAUGAUGACAAAAGUCAGGGAAGAAAUCGAAGGUGUAUCCGAUCUCAUGCUGGGCACAGUCCAUAUGAGUAUCAGGAAUAUGGAGAGAAGCUAUAUAUAUGUAAGAAGUGUGGUAAGAGUUUCAUUUGUCGCAAGUUCUUCCGGGCACAUGCAAGGACUCAUACUGAAAAGAAAGCCUAUGAGUGUAAACAGUGUGGCAAAGCCUAUAGUUAUCGCCAUUGUCUACAGAACCACGAAAGUAUUCAUACUGGAGAGAAACCGUAUAAAUGUAAACAGUGUGGUAAAACUUUCAGAUUACUCGCUUUCUUUCGAACACAUGAAAGAACUCAUACUGGAGAGAAACCCUAUAAAUGUAAAGAAUGUGGGAAAGCCUUCCUUUAUUAUGAGACUUUUCAGGGACACAUGUUCGUUCACACUGGAAGGACAUCUUUUAAAUGUAAGGAAUGUGGGAAAGGCUUCGGUAGCAUUGGAGCCUAUCGGGGACACAGGAACAUACACACUGGAGGGAAACGCCACCAGUGUAAGCACUGUGGGAAACACUUCCCAUAUUAUGCAAAGUUUAAAAGACAUGAAAGGAGUCACACUGGAGAGAAACCUUAUCAAUGUAAGCAAUGUGGCAAAUCCUUCAGUAUUUCCAUAGACUUUAGAUGCCACGAAAAGAGUCAUACUACAGAAAAACCCUACAAAUGUACAGAAUGUGGUAAAGAGUACAAGUAUCCACAGAGCUUUCGAUUGCAUAAGAAAACUCAUACUGGAAAGAAUCUUCACAAAUGCCAGGAAUGUGGGAAAUCCUUUGUUAGCUUUGCAGCCCUUCAAGUACACAGGAGAACACACACAGGAGAACGACCUUAUGAAUGUAAGGGAUGUGGAAAGGGUUUCUUGACAAAAAGUCAGUGUCGCGUGCAUGAAAGAAUUCAUACUGGAGAGAAACCCUAUAAGUGCAAACAGUGUGGGAAAGCAUUUAGAUACUCCAGCUCCUUUCGGGUACAUGAAAGAAUCCACAGCGGAGAGAAACCCUAUCGGUGUCAACUGUGUGGUAAAGCCUGCAGCAGUUCAAAUGGAAUUCGAGCCCAUGAAAAAACUCACACUAGAGAGAGGCAUCAUGAGUGUAAACAAUGUGGCAAGGCUUUUGCCAACUCCUAUACUCUUCGAGUACAUGAAAGAACUCAUACUGGAGAGAAACCUUAUGAAUGUAAGCAAUGUGGGAAAACCUUCACUUAUUCCAACUGUCUUAAACUGCAUAAAAACUCAAGCUGUAUAGAAGCCCUCUGAAUGUGAACUGUGUGGUACAGUCACUUCAGAUGUUGCAAUUAUAUUUGAGUACACGAGAGAAGUCACACCAGAGAAAAGCCCUGUGGAAGUAAA